CGUUUCCUGUCAGACAGCGUGAACUGUUAACUCAGACUUUGGACUUUUAAUCUGGCAAACAAGUGAGCAAACAUUUGGAUAAAGACCAUGUCAAAGGCCAGGAGGACAGUGGGACGGACGAGUCCUGCGAUGACUUCACAGACCUCAACCUGUCUCACUGCUUCAUGGGAACCAGCCUGUACGUCCGGCUGCUGCUCUACACCCGCUCCAACCUCGACUGCGGCCGUGAGCUCAACCACCACAACCUGUCCUCCCAGCCUCUCUUCAACCUCUCCCACCCCACCGCCUUCGUCAUCCACGGCUACCGGCCCACCGGAGCGCCCCCCAUCUGGAUAAACCACUUGGUUCACCUGCUGGCCGAGCAGGAGGACAUGAAUAUUAUCGUGGUGGACUGGAACAGAGGGGCGGCCAACCUCAACUACUUCACCGCUGUGGCCUACACGAGCGAGGCAGCUCACAACCUCACCGGCUUCAUCAUGACUAUGCAGGAGGAAGGAGCGUCUCUGAGCUCGGUUCACCUCAUCGGUGUCAGUCUAGGAGCUCACCUGGCUGGAUAUGUAGGAGCAAAUCUGAAGGGGAAGAUUGGACGCAUCACUGGUCUGGACCCAGCGGGGCCGAUGUUCACCAGCGCCACACCAGAGGAUAGGCUGGACCCCUCAGACGCCAUGUUUGUGGACGUACUUCACACUGACAUGGACUCGUUUGGACUGAGAGGAGCCCAUGGUCAUAUUGACUUCUACGCAAACGGUGGAGCAGACCAACCAGGGUGUCCCAAAACCAUCUUUGCAGGUAAAUCUUAUUUUGUGUGUGACCACCAGCGCUCGGUGUUUCUGUUCUUGUGCACUCUGAACCGAACCUGCAGCCUCACAGGUUACCCCUGCUCGUCUUACAGCGACUUCCUGGAUGGGCGGUGUAUGCAGUGUGAGGCCUUUAAACCUGCACCCUGUCCUGUGCUUGGUUAUGAUGUCAGCCAGUGGAGGGAGACUCUGCUGAAGCUCGGACAGACCAAAGUCUUCUUCAGCACCACGGCCACGCUGCCCUACCGGAAGCUGAGCUACAGAGUGGACAUGGUGACCUGGAACCAGUACCUCCGCUGGGCGUUCGUCUACAUCCGGCUGCACAGUGGCAGAAACUUCACAGAGGCGCGAAUAGACAAUAAACUGAUCCGGUUCGAGCAGUACACCUCCACGCGGCUGCUGGCCCAGUUUGAUGAGGAUCUGCAGCAAGUCCAGAAGAUCUCUAUACGCAUCAACACCGGCAACGUGAUCGGCCCUCGUUAUAAAAUCAGACUCCUGCAAAUUCGCUUCACGCCACUGGACCGCCCUGAGAGGCCUAUAAUGUGCCGUUUUGACAUCAUCAUGGACGAGAACACAGAGGUGACGUUUCGGCCUUUACCCUGCAACUCUCACCUCUGACUCCCGGACCAGUCAGGCUUCUUCUUCUAUGGAAACACAUCUAACUCACCCGAGUCCAGAGGUGUAGGUGCUACAGGGUCUCCAGGACCAGAGUGGACCUCAAGGGGCCCCACGGGAGAAGCUGCAGGCCUGGUGCUGUGGAUAACGCUGGGUUAUUUGAAAGUCAACAUGUUACGCGUGAUUGGAGCCGCGUCUCUGCUGGUACUGAUGGGAUUUGGGGAAAGCUGAUACGAGUGACUCCUGUUAUGCUGUGAGGUCUGGAAACACAGCAACAAGAUAUGCAACGAGAUUCUGGAAACAGCUGCCUCAGUCAGAAGAGACUUGAGUCGCGGUGAGAUCGGUUCUCUUCAUGCAUCUCUGACUCUACCUGUAACUGCAGUGAAACUAUCAGUACUACAAAUACAUAUCUCAUGUUCAGUUUAUGCUGACUGCAGCAAACUAAAUGUCACACGAUACACAAGUGACUCUCUGGUUGUCCCACAAGAAGUAUUCAGACACUUUACUUAAGUAAAAGUACUAAUACCAGACUGUUAAAAUACUCCAUUACAAGUAAAAGGCCUGCGUUGAAAACCUUAUGUAGUAUGUAAGUAUUAUCAGUUAAAUUUACUUCAUCACAAGUAAAAGUACUCAUAAUGCAGUAAAAUCUUCCUGUCGGUGUUUCUCCAUUAUAUCUGAUGUUUCUGAAUUAAUAUUCUUGCUGCAUUAAUGUGUAUGAUGCAAUUUACUACUGUAGAUGUUAAAGGUUGAGCUCAUCAAUCUGCAGCAAUGCAUCAUGGUCUAUAAGAUCAUCACGUGUUUGACGCUGUCCUGCGAGAACCACGUACUUCUAAAUUAAGACCCUGUGAGGCUGAAACUUUUAAACUAUUACAUGCUGGAUUAAGACUUUACGAGGCUUUGACAUUUUCUCCUCCUGCUCUGCCUAACAGUGCUCAAAGAGCAUUUUCUUUUCUGUGAGCAUGUUUUUUGUAUUAAGGCUCUCUAGAUUUAGAUUUUUUUUAAGCUUGUGUGAAAAAUUGGGUCAUGUACUCUCCUGUGUGUGUUUACCUGAACACCAAUUACUCAAUGUGAAAAUGUAUUUAAAUAAGCUCUCAUGCUUCAGUUUGCAAGACUGGAAAACCUUUUUGAAGUUUAUUGUUUGUCCUACAAAAGAGAUGUGAAAUCUUUUAACUUCCUUCCUUUGAUCAGUUUCAGUGCAGUUACAAAGAUGACAAGAAAUGCAGCUUCUUUUCUCUCUGUGCCUUGUUACAGCAGUCCUAAAGUCCCUCAAGUACUUUAAAAAGUAGUUUUACUCUUUGUACUCAAGUAAGAAGUAAUCACUUAGUGGGGUUGUGACUCCAGGCUUAAAGCUGCUAACUCAACAGUGAUGCUGCUAUGACGUUUGUACACAUAUUUAACCAGUCAUAAGCUGUUAUACUACAGUAAUUUUAUUCUGAAAGUAACUUGUGAAUUUAGUAGCUUAAAAAAAAGAACCAAUGGUUUAGUUUAAUUCAUCUUUUAGGGACUUGAGUGUCAGUAGAUGUAUCAUGUUGUGACAUAACUGAGCAGCCAAUUCAAAGAUUUCCUCUGAAGUGUAACUCCUGAAUAAUGUAUCAUGUGUUAAAAAACCUAAACUGUAAUGUGUUGUCUUUUUUAUUAUGUAUUUUCACCCAGCGUUUGAAAUAAAUAUUAAUUUGACAAAAGCAGA